UGGAAUUGAUCAAGGAAGGUGUCCAGCUGAUACCGUACGGGCGCCUGAUAAUGUGCGGGCCGGGCCGCACAGGCAAGAGCAGCUUCCUGCGAUCCCUCCUGCGUCAAGCAUUCAUGUCCCAAUUCGAUAGUACUAUCGGUGUGGAGCUGGAGAAGGUGAUAUGCACGAUCGAGAAGCAAGGGUUACAGUAUGAAUGGAAGCAAGCUGAAAAUUCUUACCAGCAGCAGUUGGCCCUGACGCACAGAGCUGUUGGACAAGAGAAACAGAAACGGAAAGCAGCAGCACUGAGACAACCAAGCGUAGAGAUCUCGCAGAAUGCCAGGUCUACAUCCUCAACGACAUCAACACCCGUAGCAUCGCCAUCCUUUGUUACUGAGGCUGAGCAAGUGAAUACAGCCAGUGUGGGUGAAUCUUCUCUCAGGCAACCUGAUGACACCACCGAUACCGGGUACUCUGCUCAAUCUGCUACCAGUUCAUCUGAAACUAUGGACUCCCAAAAUGUUUCCCCUGCAUCCAAGCCAGAGAUUUCACCUAUGACUGCGCUGAAAGAAGAAACACCAGAGCAAGAUGUCCAGCAACUACAUACGGAAAUCAACUCAGCAACAUUGAAGUUCGAAAGCUUCAUUGAAGAUCUGCGGACAGGCAAAAGCGAAGUUUUCACUGCAGAACAUUUCAAGAAUUUCACUUUUAUGGAUGUCUGGGACUUUGCAGGCCAGAAGCUGUUUGCAGCGAUCCAACACAUGGUCCUAGCCUGUGAUCGGUGUGCAUAUGCUGUCGUCUUUGAUGCCUCAAAGAAGCUCCAGGCCAGAGCGAAGCCGACGUUUGGUGUAGAUGGUGAGGAACUGCCGCUUUCCAACAACCUGGAGCAGACCAACUUUGAUGUCAUGGAGACAUGGUUCAACGCUAUCCACGAGGUCAUUGGAGACAGCGACAACGUACCCGUGUUUGCCAUUGGCACACACGUGGACAAGUUACCAAAGAAUCCAGAAGCAAGGAAGAAGGCAACUGAAGAGAUAAAGAAGUACAUAUGGGCCAAUGCAGAGGGAAAAGCAUAUGCCAACAACAUCGACAAGGUGGUAUUUGUGGACAACACACGAGCUGGUAAAGAUCCGGAAGACCCAGCAGUUGUUCAGCUACGGCAAGACAUCAUCCAGCAGCUGCAGCAUCAGUUCAAUGUUCCAAUACCAAUCCGCUGGCUUCCUGUGACCAUUUCCAUUGGGCACAUUGCAAAAUCGUUUGAACGACCAUGGUUAUCGGUUGAAGAGCUGCGUCGCUUAGCUAUUGCUGUUGGUAGCAUCUCCAGUGAUGAAUCUGAGUCCGAUUUCCAGGAGAUGGUGAAGUUCCACCAUGGUCUUGGUCAUGUGCUUCACUUUGUUCACAACGCCCGUCUUCGUGAUCGUGUGAUCAUUGACAUCCACUGGGUUCUGAAGACUAUGUCGCUGCUCUUCUGUCCUGAACCAAAGGAUUUGCAGAGCAAACGUCUUCGUCCACAGUACGACUUGCUGACACAGAGUGGCAUCCUCCUGGAAAGUCUUGCCAUGCACCGCUGGUCACAGCACAAUCGCAUGACAUCACGCUACACGGCCACAGAGGAACAGCGUGAUUUCCUGUUUGAGAUGGGUGAGCACUUUGCCCUGUUCUACAACACCAAGACAACUGUGAGAGUGCCUGGUCAGAGGAAGGAGGUGACGACUCGCAAGUUCUUUGUACCAGCUCUGGUGGAACGAGUUGCACGUCUUCAAGAUGAAGUGAGCAAAGGCAAGCCAAGUCCAGCUAUGUACCUGUAUAGUGGUGCAGAUCGUUACUUUCCACAAACCCUGUUCUGGUGUGGUGUUGUGAGGUGUAUGCAACGCUACAGUCCAAAGGUGGAUCCAAUCCUUUAUCACACAUCGGCACGUAUUCUGGUGAAGGAUCGUUUCUGGUUAGUCAUGCGAUACUUCCAGCAUGGCAUUCGCCUGUCACUGGAGAUUCCUGUUGAUGCUCGACCAACUGCUAAGUCUUCAAUCGCCAGUGCUCCUUCUGUUGCUGCUACCAGUGGGGGAAAGUCAGUUGAGUCCGCUGGCAUUGGAGCUGCUGCAAGUGAGGAUGAGUCUGAAGCUAUCAAGCUUUGUCACGAGCUUCUACCGUACCUGGAGUCAGAGCUUGACAAGCUGAAGGCAUUCUCGCUGACUCAUGUGGAGUUUGGCAGAGCUGUUCGCUGUCCGUGCUCAUUCAGCCGAGAUGUGUGUCGCAAACACAAGCAGAAGUCUUGUGUGGAGAUUGGCUGUCAACACUUUGCUCCAUUGGUGGAAGGAUUGCGUCCACGCUGUACAAUCGGAGCACGUCCAUCAGUGGAUAUCAGUGAUGUACGGCACUACUGGCCAUGCUUUGUCGAAGACAUACAGACCCCAGAGCUUGCUGAUCCUGAGAAGCCAAUGCCGGCAAUGCCAAUGACAGUUGUAGAGCCCGCAGUGAAGGACAGUGAAUCGGCUAGAGGAGAGCACUUGGCACUGGCCACGGCCACGGCAUAUCACAGAGCAUUACGCAAACACUACACGGGAGUAAGGCGCUGCCAAGACAUUAACGUGGUCGACUGCAUGGGCAGUUUGCGAGCCGAAGGUCAUGUCAGUGAUGAUUGUGUGAAGGAAGCGAGAGCUCUGAUGAAGUCAAGUGGACACACUGUGGCUUUGGAUCACCUGUAUUGUGUGCUGGAGGAGCUGUCGGACGAAGGCAUGUGCUACUUUGUGGAGAGUGUCCUACCAUUUCAAGGUCUGUCCAAGCUGGUGGAAACAUUCCAGGCUUGUCCCGGUCCUGGAAAGUGCACUCUGAAGCACCAUGAUCUCCACACUGCUCGCAAUGCUGAUGUCAAAGGGAAAGUGUUGGAUGGAGCUGACACUGCAAGUGCUACACCUUCUUCACUGAAAGACAAGGUGCAAACCGGGAUGUCUGAGCUUCACCAGGAAGUGCUGCGUUCAAGCUAUGUGGAGUUGAAGUGUAGUUUGGACGUAGAAGAGGGCAUUCUGGACCGUCUCUAUGCAGAGAGCAUCAUCACAAAGCGCUUCUGCAAGAAACUCCGUGCUAUGGAUGAUCGUGAAGAUCAGGCAUCAGACUUCCUUCAUGCUCUGCCUGGCUGGGGCUCUACAGCAUUCCGUCACUUUGUCACUGCACUGGACAAGAGUGAGACCCUUGUUCACCACGAGCUUGCGGAGAUGUUGAAGAACAAGCUACUGGAAUAGAUAACAGUGGUUAUCCAAUGCUCACGGCUGCUUGAGCAUCCACGUACUCUUCUUCUGCGCUGCUCAGUUCUGUGUUGACACGGAGGUUGUGCAGAUCAUCGAGCCGGGUGGUGAAUGCCGAAGACAAUUUCCAAUGCAGGAUCUGUUCUGAGUUGCAUCUUUCUUGCAUGUGUGAACUGUGCUGGGUAGGUGAUAUUGCCAGCAUUGCUCACUCUACCAGGUAUCAUGCCUUUUGCAAUUAGAUUUGUGAAAUUUGUAAAACAAUAUGCUAGACAUAGCGAUCUAUUCACUUCUAACACUCUAUUGCUGCUUUCACUAAAAUAUCACAGUAUGCACUUUGCCACUUUAUUGUUGAUAUCCUUUACUGAUAUUCAAAUGAGGAUAAGAGGUCCUCCUCUUCAACUCUGUAAAAUUGAUAUACUAUUAUUGCACACUGCAUUGUGUAUGCACAUCAGCCGGGAGUCGUGCCCAAACCACUCCCUGAUGCGUAUCGUAUAUGCAUGGUGACCUCAGCCCACAUUUGAUACAGAUAUUGAUAUUUUGAUUUCCGAUUAUGAGUCCUGCCACCGUUUAGUUAUUUUCUUGAGCAGCACAGAGAGCUGCUAGAACGCUG